AUGUCUGGACGCGGGAAGCAGGGCGGCAAGGCGCGCGCUAAGGCCAAGACGCGCUCGUCGCGGGCGGGUCUGCAGUUCCCCGUGGGCCGCGUGCACCGCCUGCUGCGCAAGGGCAACUACGCCGAGCGGGUCGGCGCCGGCGCGCCCGUGUACCUGGCGGCGGUGCUGGAGUACCUGACGGCCGAGAUCCUGGAGCUGGCGGGCAACGCGGCGCGCGACAACAAGAAGACGCGCAUCAUCCCGCGCCACCUGCAGCUGGCCAUCCUCAUGGCCCGGACCAAGCAGACGGCGCGCAAGUCCACGGGCGGGAAGGCCCCGCGCAAGCAGCUGGCCACCAAGGCCGCCCGCAAGAGCGCGCCGGCCACCGGCGGCGUCAAGAAGCCGCACCGCUACCGGCCCGGCACCGUGGCCCUGCGCGAGAUCCGCCGCUACCAGAAGUCCACCGAGCUGCUGAUCCGCAAGCUGCCCUUCCAGCGCCUGGUGCGCGAGAUCGCGCAGGAUUUCAAGACCGACCUGCGCUUCCAGAGCUCGGCCGUCAUGGCGCUGCAGGAGGCGUGCGAGGCCUACCUGGUGGGCCUGUUCGAGGACACCAACCUGUGCGCCAUCCACGCCAAGCGCGUCACCAUCAUGCCCAAGGACAUCCAGCUUGCGCGCCGCAUUCGCGGAGAGAGGGGAGGUAAGGGUCUCGGCAAAGGCGGCGCCAAGCGCCACCGCAAGGUGCUGCGCGACAACAUCCAGGGCAUCACCAAGCCCGCCAUCCGGCGCCUGGCCCGCCGCGGCGGCGUCAAGCGCAUCUCCGGCCUCAUCUACGAGGAGACCCGCGGGGUGCUCAAGGUCUUCCUGGAGAACGUGAUCCGGGACGCCGUCACCUACACGGAGCACGCCAAGCGCAAGACGGUCACGGCCAUGGACGUGGUCUACGCGCUCAAGCGCCAGGGCCGCACGCUCUACGGCUUCGGCGGUUGUUGUUUCCGUGUCGAUAUGGCUCGGACCAAGCAGACAGCGCGCAAGUCCACGGGCGGGAAGGCCCCGCGCAAGCAGCUGGCCACCAAGGCCGCCCGCAAGAGCGCGCCGGCCACCGGCGGCGUCAAGAAGCCGCACCGCUACCGGCCCGGCACCGUGGCCCUGCGCGAGAUCCGCCGCUACCAGAAGUCCACCGAGCUGCUGAUCCGCAAGCUGCCCUUCCAGCGCCUGGUGCGCGAGAUCGCGCAGGACUUCAAGACCGACCUGCGCUUCCAGAGCUCGGCCGUCAUGGCGCUGCAGGAGGCGUGCGAGGCCUACCUGGUGGGCCUGUUCGAGGACACCAACCUGUGCGCCAUCCACGCCAAGCGCGUCACCAUCAUGCCCAAGGACAUCCAGCUCGCGCGCCGCAUCCGCGGAGAGAGGGCUUAAUUUCUUCGGUGUUCCACAGCUAUACGCUCCACCUUUAAAGGCUCUUUUCAGAGCCCAUCAAUUCUCAUCGAUAAAGAGCUGUUGGCUUUUCCGAAACAUGGCCACUUUGGAAAGCUGCAUUUGAGUUCCAGGUUCCGGAGUGCAGAAAGUGCUGGCUACCGGCAGCAGACUGUGCCUGUAAACUUUGCUUUUGCAAUGAUCGGUGGCUGGACUUGCUCGUUCUCUUACCCCGUGAGGACUGUAAGAAAUGCUUUCUGAAAAAGUAUUUCUAACAAUGAUUCGGCCAGUGUAUAAUUUAAACAUACUUGGCUACGAGAAGCCUAGUAAGUUUAAAUUAUAUAUUUAACUUUUACAAUGUGUUCCAGUGUCUUGCUCACUUGCGUUCCUGCCACUCACUUUCUUUCCUUCCACAACGUUCUGACUGUUCAAAACCGUUCUAGCUUUUGUUUCCAUGUAGUGACACGUGAUGCUGUGAGCUUUGUAUACGACUGGAAAAUGGAGAGAUGACCUUAAGCACCUGCAGGCUGUCAUCUGUAAAAUGUGUUCCCAAUGUCCCCCUAAAUUGUAAGAACUUGGCCUAAGUGUCUCAAAUAUGUGCUUGUCAAACUUGGAAUUUCACGGUUUUUCUUUUCAAGUAGGCAUUAAA